ACUGCUGACAGUUAGCUCUACGCGAGUCGGACCAGUGAACGGGUGUACAAAUAAUUUAUUCACUCAUGACCCGACCGAGCCGAAUAUUCAUUUGCCAGGUGUUCAGCACCUAAACGAACGUUCAAUGAGUUUUGACAUUUAUUUAAUUCCACAUUUUCUGUUAGAAACAAAUACUUCGCGCCGUUCAGUAUUAUUUUGUUUAGCCAAGGUUAAGUGAUGUAAAAUGCAUGUAAUAAGAGUUCGUGUUAUACAAUUAUAAUGUGUUGAAAAACGUUUCCUGAAACUGGAAAACUGAUUGGAGUCAAGGAAGAGAUUGAUUUGAAUCCUGUCCAGACAAUAAAGUUUUCGAGAUGGUGCAGUCGGUGUUCGGAGUAUGGGACUACGCCAUCAUGGCUGCCACGAUGGUGGUAUCCAUAGCCAUCGGUCUAUAUUUCCGAUUCAGUGGAGGGAAACAGGCCACUAAUGAGGAAUACCUGCUGGCAGACCGCAACAUGUCGAUAUUACCUGUGGCCGUAUCUCUGAUGGCUUCGUUCAUGUCGGCCAUCACCCUACUAGGGGUGUCAGCCGAGAACUAUUACUACGGCAUGCAGUUCGUAGUCAUCAACAUAUCAUACGGCGUAGCCACCCCUAUCGCCAGCAGAUUGUACUUACCAGUCUUCUUUGGACUCCAAAAAACCAGUACUUAUGAAUACUUAGAGAUGCGAUUCGGACCGCAUAUCAGAAUGCUGGCAUCUUUGACUUAUACUUUACAAAUGGUGCUUUAUAACGGUAUAGUGUUAUAUGCUCCUGCUAUAGUUCUCGAGGCAGUGACAGGGUUAGACAGACUGAUCUCUAUAUUAGUGGUAGGCUUAGUUUGUACGUUUUACUCAACUUUGGGAGGGAUGAAGGCUGUACUCUUCACGGAUCUCCUCCAAUCAGCUCUCAUGUUCGGAGCUGUGUUCAGCGUGGUGGUAUUCGCUUCCAUACAAGUUGGAAGCUUCGGACAAAUAUUUGCUAUCGCAAGGGAAGGUGGGCGACUCGACUUUUCUAAUUUCAGCGUGGAUCCUACUGAGAGACAUACUUGGUGGUCCUUGAUUAUUGGAGGAUUGGUUACUUAUUUGUCUUUGUAUGCUGUUAACCACACGCAGGUACAAAGGUUACAAACGGUGAACACAUUGGAGCGGUCCCAGAAAUGCCUGUGGUGGAGUUGGCCAGUCCUCUCCGUGCUGAGUGUCGUCACCUGCAUCAGUGGUCUCGGCAUCUAUGCUGUGUACAAAGACUGUGAUCCGUUUGUUAGCCACAGUAUUUCAGCGAUUGACCAAUUGAUGCCAUACUACGUGGUGGAUGCCAUGAAGGAAGUUCCCGGUUUGGCAGGACUCUUUGUAGCUGGCAUCUUCAGCGCCUCUCUGUCCACUAUCUCAGCAUCCUGCAACGCUUUAGCUGCUGUUACUCUACAUGACUACGUCGGCAGAUGGUGCAAAGUUCCUGCGUCCUACGCGCCCUGGCUGACGAAGUUAGCAGCCUGUGGAUACGGUCUAGUGUUCCUAGCUCUGGCCUUCAUAGCCGAGUACCUUGGAGGAGUACUCCAGGCUGCUCUCACAAUCUUCGGAGCUGUUGGUGGACCGUUGUUGGGAGUCUUCACGCUUGGCAUGUUCACUACGUUCGCUAAUGAAAGGGCAGUAUCUGUAGCUUUACUAAGUGGGAUGGCAACGACGCUGUGGAUAAGUUUCGGAGGGCCCCGACCUCCAGUCACAAAGCUACCUCUCAGCGUUGAAGGGUGUGGCUUCAACGUCACGCAGGCGACUGCUGCAGUCACCAACCCCAGUGAUUACUUCUACCUCUACAGAAUAUCUUAUAUGUGGACCAGUCCGAUCGGUUUCAUCUGGGUGAUCGUGGUAGGGACGGUGAUAUCCCUACUGUGGCGACAGAAACAACCUUGGGAACGCCAAGGCAGAGCUCACCCGGACCCAGAACUCUUCACACCACCUCUAGCCAACAGGUUACGGGCACGGCAUGAAGAAAAACCUGCAGUGCAGUGUAAACUGUUGCAAUCGAAUGGCGUUCAAGAUUAAUUUACCAACUUGUACUUACUUACGUAUUUAUUUAAGUAGACAAAUUUUAAGUUAUUUUUUAUAUAAUAGUUUUAUGAUUACAAUGAUUGUGAUUUUUACUUUAAUUUCGUUAGCUUUUUGGUACAUUCCUAGCUUACCAAUGUACGUUUGGUGCCCAUGGCCAUGGUAUUACUAAUGGUACUAUCAGAAAUGUUAUAAGGAGAAUAAUUUUCCCUAUAGCCAAGUACUCAAUAGAAAAAUAUCUACCAGCGGCACUUUUUUACGACUAGAAUUUCAAAUUUUUUUGGGCGAGUAGAUUUUCUUACUACUUCCCCUUUCCUUGUGUGUUUUCACCCUUUUGAUUUCUUUUCACCGUUUUACCGUAUAAUAAGGGCUAGUACAGACAUGCGGGAACAGCGCGGAAACCGCGUGGGAACGGUGCGGUUAUGUCUGAACGAUAAUUAUUUAAUAACUCAUACAAAUAAGACCUGCGCGAUUUCCAUGCGAUUUGAAAUCGUGCGGUUCCCGUCGUGUCUGAACUAGCUCUAAAGAUGCUUGUUAGAUUACGUGUCAGUCCUAUAGUUUACCAAGCCCAUUGAUUUAUUCAUUUGAUCUAUUCAAGUGGUACCUACUACCUCUAGUGCCAUGGGUACCAUAAAUGUAUUUACCAAUAAUAAUUAUAUACAUUUUGGAUCAAUAUUUUUAUACAACUCAUACAGUUUAUUCACCAGAUGUUAUGUUUAUUUUUUCACAUAAAUUCAUAGACCUAUGUUCCGUUUUUUUUAAAGAGAAUAACUAUGGUAAUAAUCGUUUUAUAUUCGGGUAAAUGAAUUAUUGAAUAUAGAAAUAAAAAUGCAAUGAUGUUGUUGGAUUGUGAACUACAAAAUUAGUAUUAAAUUAGCAAUAAAUAAAUAAUUUAUGAAAAGUUUAGGUACUUAUUUAUUUUAUUGAAGAAAUUAUAAUUAUUUAAAUUAACAAUAGUUUGUUGUUUAGUCUCAAUGUGAAUCUAUGUAGUUGGAUAACGAUAUUUAAAAAAAAAAUUAAAAAUAAAGAAAUUAAAGUUACCAUUUUAUGGAUUUCAAUUUUAUGACAGAAUUGAUCUUUCACAGAUAUUAAAAAAAUAAAUGUUACCAGACUUAAAAAUGAGCUCAAUACUUACACACGUAAUUUUAAGAAAAUUGAUGUUUGUUUUAAAAGUAUUCACUAGCAGAGAGUGGCUUUUUAAAUAGAAUGGAAUUGGGUAUUGGGCAACGGGUCCGCUGUCGUUAGAACAAGGCCGUUGUUGUGUAAUGGGACUAAAUAUCAUUGGAUUAAUAGAAGUGUAAACUAGAACACUUCUGCUGUUUAAAAA